AAAUGAGUAAGUAGAUCCUCACGUGCAGUGAACUCAGAGAAUGCUAAUGGGGUAUCUGCGUCUUUUUGUUCUCAGAGGCUUAUGCCAGAAUAGGGAAAGCCUUUUAUUCUACCACUCGCUCGGAGUCAGAAGAAGGGGGCUUUCUGAAGAGUUACUUUAAAUUGAAACUCUCUUCUAAUGUUAGUCUGCUGACCGUCGUGGGUCUCUUGAGUUAGAAACUGCUUCAGCUUAGUUAAUAGAGCCAGAUGUAACAUUGACCUUAAAUGGUAAAAGCUCCCAAGAGUGAGAGAGAGGCUCGCCUGAGGGGAAAAAGAGGAAUAACUCAGUUUUAGGAGGGUCCUGCUUACUGUGUUCAAUCCAAAAGCCCAUUGCCAUUUCAUUAUCCCUUCUUCACCUACAAUACUGGGCAUUAUCCUGACCAUGGCAGUUCCAGACUUCAGACUCCACUGUUAGAGCAUUUGAGGUCAGCUGUCAGACUAGCAGUGGAGAUGGAGUAAAGCAUCUUUAUUCUAAACCCUUGCUAACACAGUUUUCAGCUGUGACUCAGACAGAGAGGCUACCAUGCCAACCGUACCUGAAGACAAGGGACAGCCACCAGAAGUACAACGCACCAGUUCUCCUCCAAUCAAAGAUGCUACUAUUGAGGGGACAACAUGCAGUGCACCUUCUAUUGUUCUUCCAGAGAAUGCUGUAACGCCAGAUGUAGAAAUUGAUAAAAAUCUGGUUAACAGACCUCAUAGUCCUCAUCUGAGACAUUCUAACCGACACACUAGGACUUCCGUUAGUUCACUGACUUCUGUUGACAAUACAGGUCAGGUGAUUGAUCUGGUAAAUGGCCAACUGCCAGAUGUCAAAAUCUCAGAUGAAGAUAAAAAGAAGAAUCUUGAGUUACUAGAAGAAGCAAAGAGAGUGAGUGAGAGGUUCCUAAUGCGCAGAGGCAGAAAAUCAAGAAGCAGUCUUCCAGAGUCUCCCACAGCUGUUUCUCCUACACUUAGUCCAAGAGUUUCACCUGUACCAUCUCAGAACAACUCUCUCACUCUUCCAAUCCCAACAGGGUCUGAUGUAUGUACAGCCACGGGUGCUGCGUCAGUGUCUCCACUGCAGAAUGUCACAAAACAUUUAACCGAUAGAAAGCAGAAUGAUCAGAGGAAGGUUUCUCAGGGAAGGUUGGUUCCUCGUUCCACUAGUUUUGAAAACUCCAAAGAGAAACUCUCUGCACAAAAAGAAAACUUUGAUCCACUUACACAUAUGGAUAAUUUACCCAAAUCCUCUCCUUCAGGCAGUGAUGCUGGCAAAACUUCUCUUAACACAAGCACAAACAGCUGUGAAAAUGAACAUGGAAAACCAUUACUUAAGAAAUCAAAAGAAAAUGACUUUCCUUUAAGAAUGUAUCGACAAGGACCAGGCACAGGUACUAUGGACAAAAAAUUAAAAAGUUCUGUCCCAGAACUGAUGGACCCUAAAGUUACCUGUAAAACAGAACUUAAAGCAUCUGGAACACGCCCUCCUCUAUUACGAGCGGUAUCAUGGGAUAGCAUAGAACCUGGACAUCAAGAAAAGGCACCUUUUAAAUUACCGCCUGAAGAAGAUAUUAGUAAUAAAUCCAGCAAUCAGUUGACUAAAACAUUAACAUUCAAAGAUCUUCAAAUACAAGUUCAACCAGUUCGAAUGCAGAAAUUGACAAAGCUCAGAGAGGAGCAUAUUCUUAUGCGAAAUCAAAACUUAGUUGGACUUAAACUGCCUGAACUCAGUGAAGCAGCUGAACAGGAAAGAGGGCCUUCACCUAUGCAGUGCACCACUGAAGAAGAGGAGUCAAAUAAUAGCUCUGAUGUCAUGCCUAACAUUCCUGAUGUACUGCUACGAAAACUCCGUGUGCAUAAAUCUCUGCCAGGAAGCUCUCCUCCACUUACUGAAAAAGAAGUUGAGACUGUGUUUGUACAACUUUCCUUGGCCUUCAGAAAUGAUAGUUACACCUUGGAAUCUAGAAUUAACCAGGCGGAGAGGGAGAGAAAUCUUACUGAGGAGAACACUGAAAAGGAACUGGACAACUUUAAAGCAGCCAUUAUGUCUUCAGCUGCCUUAUGGCAUCAUUAUGAACACAGAGAAACUUGCCAGAAGCUGUUGGAGGAUAUUGCUGUACUACAUCGUUUGGCUGCUAGACUCUCCAGUCGUGCUGAAAUGGUUGGAGCUGUUCGCCAGGAGAAACGUAUGUCAAAGGCCACAGAAGUAAUGAUGCAGUAUGUGGAGAAUUUGAAGAGAACAUAUGAAAAGGAUCAUGCUGAGCUAAUGGAGUUUAAGAAACUGGCCAAUCAGAAUUCUAGCAGAAGUUACAGUGCAUCUGAAGAUGGAGUCCCUCGUUCAUCUAGAUCCAUGUCUCUUACUGUUGGAAAGAAUAUGCCUCGGAGGAGAGUCAGUGUUGCUGUUGUUCCUAAGUUUAACUCAUUACACAUUCCUGGACAGUCACCUACUACGUCACCCAUACCUUCAAUGCCAUCCCUGUCUGAAUCACCCAAUGGGAGAAGUAGUCUGACAUGUACUCCUGCCCUACCAGCCCUUCUAGAGAAUGGAAAGUCAAAUGGAGAGCAUGACCGUGAAUCGCUUGCUUCUCUGCUGACACAGAGCUGUUCAGAGGAGAUCAAUCCUGAGACAAAAGCCAAGAUAGAGGAGGAAGCUUAUAACAAAGGUUAUCAGGAAGGCUUAAAGAAAACCAAAGAACUUCACGAGCUGAAAGAGGAAGAUGAAGAGAAAACAAAUGAAAUCCCUGAUGAGCAUGAAGAAAGUGAAAGUGAAGAGAUAAAUAACAUGAAAAACAGCAAACUUGAAGUUGUUAUUAAUUAUUUACAUAUACUGUACCCAAAACUGUGUAAACACUGGAAUGUGGUCUGGAUUGUAGCGGCUGCGAUAAUCAUUUUUGCUGCGCUGUUGGGGAUCUACCAUUCAUACAACUCCUGUGUUGAAUUAUCAGAUGGACCUGAGGGGAAAGCCACCUGUUCUGCUGUCCAGCAAUACUCUUGGUGGAACUCAGGACUUCAGCAUGAGCAAGGCACAGAAUAAUAAACAAAUUAUAAAAUAUUUACGGUACAUCAGUACGCACACACUUUAAAACACGGUUAUUAAAGCAAGGUAGCACUUUGUCAUUUUCCUGUUGCUAAAUAUGAUCAGUAAGCCACACUAGUUAUUCUAUGCCAUCAGGCAUGGGAAUGGAUUGUGAUUUACCUAGUGAAAUUGACCAUCUGAUAAAUACUUCUGUCUUUUUGUCUUGAUAAUUGUAUCUGACUGAUAUGACUUCAUACAAAUAAAGUCACAUUUAAAUCAUGCCAAGGUUGUGACAGUCACCAGCAAUAGCCAGGAUAUUCAGAGGGAAGACUGACACAUUAGACCUUAAUUCAUACACUUUUGAGGAAAGCAAUAAAAGCUACCAGUUUGAGAGUAUUUGCUUUAACUUUGCAUUUCUUGGCUUUUAUUGACUGAUGUCAUAACUUUCACAGCAGUGAUAUAUAGGAUUUUUUUAAAAAUGUAAUGUCCUUGUUUAGAAUGAGUGGGUGGGAAAAAAAGGCCUUCUGCUGAAGAUUAAAAAUAUUAUACAAGGCCGAAUUUAUCCUUGGUGUAUUUCCAUAAUAUGAGUUACACCAAGGAUGAGGUUGGCCCAAUAAUCAUACAACAAUGCAAAAUGGAAUGCUGACUAAAUACAUGUUUUCUAUUGCUAUUCAUAAUGUAUUGCAAGAGGGAAACCACUCUAUUGUUUGAAGAGGGUUUAUGUUAAGGACUAAAUCCAGGUUUGUGUGGCAAACAGAUCAAGUGCCAGUGUGUCUCAGAGCUUCUUUGUAUGUCAAAGGGACGUGCUGUGUGGUGCAUUUUGCUGUUCUUCUGAACAAGAGUGCAAUGCACUCCCCACUAGCAGUUGCUACUGACCAGAGCCAGCACUUCCACUGAGGCGACGUAGGCGCCUAGGGCGCCAGGAUUUGGAAGGGCGGCAGAC